AUGUUGGUUCGGUUAACAAUUUUCUUGGUUUUCGUAAGUUUUGGUCUAGCCCAACAUUGCUCAGCCGACGGGAUCUACAACGCCAAAUAUAACAGGUUUGUUGAAAACUUGAAUUUAUGUUAAAUCAGAUUUUAGAACACCUUUGAAGGCAUCGAAAUUUGCCUUUAAAAAGAAUUUCAAGUGUUAAAAUAUGUCUUUGAAGGGGUUCUAAAAACUCAAAAAUGUGAUUUUACGGUCGGUUUUUACUGAUAGAAAAAUCUAGAAAAUAUAUGAAAUGGAACCUCGGCAAUAAAAUUUUUUCAUUUCCACUCCAGAGGUCACAAGUUCAACCCCUGCCCACGGCAAAAUUCAUCUAAUUUUUUUUUUGGGCUUCAACUUGUUGCCAAAAAAAAUCUCGUAAAACCCUACAGAUGCUACAAAUAUUUCUCAACCCCCGCUGAAUAUUUAUACGCCGAGCAGCUUUGCACAAACCUUGGCGGUCAUUUGGCUUCGAUUUCAGACGGCCAGGAAAACCUUCUCAUCAACAGUGAGUUUCUAAACGCGAUACUACUGAGAAAAUUUUUAGUGGCCACUAUAGGGUUUUGAGGUUUUAGUGGCCGCUCUAGUAGUAGAUUUAGUGGCCACUUAAGGGGUUUAAAAAUUAGUGACCACUAUAGAGGUCUAAGUGCUACUACUAGACCACUAAAAAUUUUAGUGGUCACUUUAUGGGUCAACAGAUCAACGUAACUGGUCCAAUCUGUUUGUUUUAAAAUUAUCAGAGUUACUGGAAGGAAUAUUGAAUGAAAAACUACUGAAGUGGCCACUAAAACGGAAAAUAGUGGCCACUGUAGAGGUGGGUUUAGUGGCCACUUUAGCGUCCCCUCCAAGUAGUCCUUGGCGAGCCUCUAUAGUGGCCACUAAAAACUUUCCCAGUAAGCUACACAUCAUAGAAACAACUUUUUUUUCGGUUUCCAAGAACCUUCUCAAGCUGUUCUAAAUCAACUAUAAAAUCCAUUUUUCUGAGCUUGGAGCGAUUUUGGCGCAACUUCAAACUCCCCUGCCAUUUUCGGAUUUCUAUAAAGUCUCAAUCAAAAAAAUCAAUAAAUUUGUUUCAAGUACUUUUCAAUGAAGCUUCAUCAGCAUCUCAAGAUAUUUCCGCGAUAAAUUUUUGAAUCAACGCCAAAAACGCAACGCGACGUUUCAAACCGAGAAAACUAGCCUAUACCGAUCCCAAAUCCAGAAGCUUCAAUGCAACCUUCAGCCAACGCGGUCCAAGCCUUCCACUCGAGCUACACCGACUAUUGGAUUGGGGCCAACGACUUGUCGAACCCGGGCCAAUGGCAAUGGACCGACGGCGCUAAUUUCGCAUACACCAGCUGGGGGGCUUGUAAGAGUCGUGAAACGGUUCAUGGGAUGAACAAUUUUGGAGUUUAGCUCAGCCUCAAUCUGGAAACGACUGUGUGACUCAGCAGCUGGCUGAUGCUAAGUGGGCCACCGUUUCCUGUAGCGAACAAAGACCGUACGUCUGCGUCACGGCUUCAUUGGAUGUCCCGACGUGUCCUACUCCGCCACCACAGCCUGGUGAGCUGAAUUUGUUGAGAAAGUCCGACUGGAAAGAGCACGACCUUGUCCCUCGGCGACGCUCUCAUGUUGACGUGCUAUUUUCACUUUUCUCUGAUCUCGCCGGUGAGGAACAGAGAUACGCAGACACUCGAAAACUUUCAAGUCGUGGUGGAUGGACUAUAAAUAAAUAAUAACGACCUGAGCGGGCGGAAAAAAUAAUCUUCUUUUCGUUUUUUUUUUCUGUCCGAGAAAAUGACUGUGGAGAGUUGAAAAAAAGUGUAAAUUUCGAAAAAUGGGUAUUUUUCUUGAUCGGGGGGUCCUGAAGAGCUCAGAAAAUCAGCAAAAAAGCCUAAAAACUGGGAAUUUUGAGAUCCUCAAAAUACAUCUCCUCUUUGUUUCAAAAUCUUCAAAAUCCAUUCAUCCCUAAACGAAGAAGUUUCUGUUCUUCUGGUAUUUUCCCUGGUUCAUAACCGCUAAAGUGAGAGAAAAGAGAGUGCAGACAUGUCAGAACAAUCUGCAAAGAAUUAAAACUUUAAUAAUUCUCAUUUCGAAGUAGAAAGGGCACAUCUUGCUAAAAAAAAAAAGCAGAAGUCGCGAAAAAGGGUCCGAACCUAGGUUCUUAGUUUCUGGAAACUAAUUUGACCAAUUGACUAAGAUAUUCGCUUCCAACAAAUUUCCAGACGCUCUUGAAUGGAGUUAUUUAAAAAAAUUGAAAGCACAUCUUUGAAAAAAAUUAUUUAAAAAAAUCAUCAAUCCAAAAUAUUUCAGUGGUAACCUGUCCUACUAUCCCUCUGGCCACCCAAAAGGCCUGUGCCGCCUCGUGCGAAAUCGAAUGGUCCUACUUCCCGCCGACCGACAUGUGCUACAAGGUAUAGUCCAUUCAAAAAAAUCUCAGUUUGGAUUUUAGUCCCUUUCGGAAAAGCUUGUCGGAGUUCCUCAUUCUCCGAGCUACAGAACCCUUCUCUUAGAUGCGUGCUCUGUGCAUGCGCCUUUAAUUCUACCUAACGAUUUCCUUCUUAUUAAAGGCGCAUGCACAAAGACACUCGAAGAGAAGGAUACUGUAGCUCUGAGGAGAAGAACCGCGACACGCUGGGGCAGAAUGAACAUCUUAUUGACCAAUUUCUUCCAUGUUUUCUUUCUCAUAUCACCUGGGACCUUCUCUAGCGUCUUGAGCCCACUUAAGUGUUCACUACAAAAUCUCAGAGCGUCCUGUUUUUCCAAGACUAUUGAAAAUUACAUGUUGAGCUUCACUAAAAUAAAUCCCGGGAACUUUCAAAACUCCAGACCUUCUUCAACGCCAAAUGGGACGACGCCGAGGCGUUCUGCGUUUCUCAAAGCGCUCACCUUGUCUCAAUCCACACCUCUCUCGAAAACACCUUCAUCAACAGUUAGUUUCACAAUUUGUAAGUGUAAAAUCCACCGAUUUACAGACAUCGCCAGGAUGGGAAUCAAAGAAGGACACAUCCAAGAUUUGACCUGGAUCGGUCUGUCCAAAAACGGAAGCGAAUGGGUUUGGACCGACGGAACAAAGACCGAUUAUCUCAACUGGGCUCCGAAGCAACCUGACAAUCCGGGCAAAGAAAACUGCGUUGAGGUACAAUCGUUCUCGAAAGACUUCUGAUUUGAUUCUUUAUCAAUUUUCUAUCUUUUCUGAAAGUUUUUUUCCACCAAAUCCUGUCAAAAUCGAUUAAAAACUUGAAAUUUCAAGGGCCAAAGUUAACUCUGGAUGUACACACUCUGACGCAAAUUUUCAAAAUCCCGGAAUAUUUUUAGAAAAUCCAAAAAAGCCUAUAUUUCGUGUGACAGUAAGGCUAAAACGGCGAGAGCGGAAGAAGAGAGGCCAGAGAAAGAGAGACAUUCCAGCUUCUCUGACGUCUCUUCAGGCCGCUAUUGAUCUCUCCCUUCCUUCGAAACUAUAGUCCGUCCCCCGCGAAUUGACAUUUUUCGAGUGUCUGCGUCUCUCUGUUCCCUCACCGUCAGAGAAACAGGAAAAUAGCAUGUAAACAUGAGAGGGUCGCCGAGAGACGAGGAGGGCGCAGAGAGAAGUUUCAAGUCGCGAAAAACGGACUAUAGUAAGACUAAAAGAGCGGAAGAAGAAGAGAGGCCAGAGAAAGAGAGACAAUCAGGCUUCUCUGGCGUCUCUUCAGGUCGCUAUUGUUCUCUCGCUUGAUUUAAAACUAUAAUUUUGAAUCUUGGCAUCACACCUCAAGGCCUCAAGUUAGGAUAAAGCUGCUCUUAAAAAUCCUCUUUUUCGUCUUAAAACUUGAAGGUCUACCCUACCCUACUCAAUAAAACUUCAAGAUCUACCCUACCCUACACAACGAUCCUAAUCCAUAAACCGAAAGAGUAUUCAGACAGCCCCGGACCGAUCCCACGACGGCUGGUACGAGAAUUGGAACAACGCCGAGUGUUCGACUCUCAUGCGUUCCUACGUCUGCAAGAAGCCUUCGAUUCACUGA